AUGGAGAGCCUGAACACCCUCCUUCUAACUGCUGCUGUUUGUUUUCUCUGUCAAGGCUGCGGCGGCUCCGAGGCCGAGCACCGGCUUUACGUGGCCCUCUUCGAGAGCUACAACCAGUUCGUACGCCCCGUCAAGAACGUCUCGGACCCUGUCAUCAUCCAGUUCGAGGUGUCCAUGUCGCAGCUGGUGAAGGUGGACGAAGUCAACCAGAUAAUGGAAACCAACUUGUGGCUGAAGCACAUCUGGAAUGAUUACAAGCUUCGGUGGAAUCCAGCAGACUAUGGAGGUGCUGAAUUCAUCCGAGUUCCAUCUGGCCAGAUCUGGAAGCCAGAUAUUGUUUUAUAUAACAAUGCAGUUGGGGAUUUCCAGGUUGAUGACAAGACAAAGGCCCUUUUAAAAUACACGGGUGAUGUGACAUGGAUACCUCCAGCUAUAUUUAAAAGUUCAUGUAAAAUAGAUGUAACCUACUUCCCAUUUGAUUAUCAGAACUGCACCAUGAAGUUUGGUUCCUGGUCUUACGACAAAGCCAAAAUCGACUUAGUUCUAAUUGGCUCUACAAUGAACCUGAAAGAUUACUGGGAGAGUGGAGAAUGGGCUAUAAUUAAAGCUCCUGGGUAUAAACAUGACAUCAAAUACAACUGUUGUGAAGAGAUAUAUCCAGACAUCACAUACUCUCUUUACAUUAGGCGUUUACCUUUAUUUUACACUAUCAAUAUGAUUAUUCCCUGUCUGUUGAUUUCUUUUCUGACUGUAUUAGUUUUCUAUUUGCCCUCAGACUGUGGUGAGAAGGUGACACUCUGCAUAUCAGUGCUUCUCUCUUUAACAGUGUUCCUUCUUGUUAUCACAGAAACCAUACCUUCUACUUCCCUGGUAAUUCCCCUUAUUGGGGAAUACCUCCUUUUCACCAUGAUAUUUGUAACUCUAUCGAUUGUCAUUACAGUAUUUGUACUAAAUGUGCACUACAGAACACCCAAGACACACACAAUGCCCAUGUGGGUGAGAACUAUUUUCUUGAACUUACUUCCCCGGAUCAUGUUCAUGACAAGGCCUGCCAGUGAUGAAGAGAGUAAUCCGAAGCCAAAACCAUUAUUCACUUCUGAGUUUUCAAACUUAAAUUGCAUCAACGGUUCUGAAACCAAAUGCUGCAAAGACGGCUUUGUUUGUCAAGAUAUGGCAUGCAGCUGCUGUCAGUAUCAGCGCACAAAGUUCUCGGAUUUCAGUGGCAAUCUGACUAGAAGUUCAAGCUCUGAGUCUGUAGAUCCUAUGCUUUCAUUUUCAGUUCUGUCACCAGAAAUGAGAGAUGCUAUUGAAAGUGUGAAAUACAUUGCAGAAAAUAUGAAAAUGCAGAAUGAAGCAAAAGAGAUUCAGGAUGAUUGGAAAUAUGUUGCCAUGGUAAUUGAUCGUAUUUUUCUAUGGGUUUUCAUCCUAGUAUGUAUUCUAGGAACAGCAGGAUUGUUUUUACAACCUCUGAUGGCUGGAGAUGAAAUGUAA